CCCCCUCCCCCUCCCGCCGCAGCGACGGCAGCAGCUGGUCUCGGUGUAAACAAGUCGCGGCGACUGGGAACCAGGGCCUGGGGGGGGACGGCGCCCACCAGGAGCGCCCCCUACUCCCAGGCCAGCCACCCCGGAGGACCGGCUCCCGCGCGCCCAGGCAAGGUGAGGCCCGCAUCGUCAGGGCUGUGCGUCGCCCCGCGCCCCCGCCCGCCAGUGAGGACUGCCCCCUCCCCGGCGCCCGCUCCCCACACCCGCGCCCCAGGCACUGGGCUCUCUUUGCUCCCCGUGGGCUGCUCCCCGAGUGGGGCCAUUGCCUGCAGCCCCCGCCAUGGUGCGGAUUUCAAAGCCCAAGACAUUUCAGGCUUACUUGGAUGAUUGUCACCGGAGGUAUAGCUGUGCCCACUGCCGUGCUCACCUGGCCAACCACGACGACCUCAUCUCCAAGUCCUUCCAAGGCAGUCAGGGGCGUGCCUACCUCUUCAAUUCUGUGGUGAACGUGGGCUGCGGGCCAGCCGAGGAGCGGGUGCUGCUGACAGGCCUUCAUGCUGUCGCUGACAUCCACUGCGAGAACUGCAAGACCACUUUGGGCUGGAAAUAUGAACAGGCCUUCGAGAGCAGCCAGAAGUACAAAGAGGGGAAGUACAUCAUUGAACUCAACCACAUGAUCAAAGACAAUGGCUGGGACUGACCCCUGCUCUUUCCGCAUGUGGCUCCAGCCCGGCUUGGCCGCCAGGGGGCGCCACUGGCUUCCCUUCGCUGCCAGAAGGGAGCUUUGGACCCUCAGAGCCCCUGCGGAGGACGGAUCCAGCUCCUGUACUUAUAUUUUACUGCAUGCACUGUGACCUUGGGGGGAGAUCAGAAGGUGGACGACCACCCCCGCCCCCUACCUCCCUGCGAUCUGGCUGGCUUGGAUCUCAUUUUUUAACCUCUUCCUGCCCCGCCUAUCCUAUAGAUACGGCCUGUGUACUGUUUUCAGAGCCCAGUGCACCAUCUGCCCUGUGAACUCCUCCCACUGGGCCCCUCUUACCGCACGCGUGUCUGCUCCCCUUGUUCUGUAGCAUUUGUAUAUAAUAAAACAAUGGAGUGGAGACAG